AUGCUCAUGUCCUCAUAUAAAGAGAACGAAGCAUGGAAAGAAGCUUCUGCCGCAGACGAUCGUAAUUUCCGCCCGACGAAAGGAAAUGGCGGACGGCGCAAGGCUCCAUUUUACAAGAUCAUGCAGGGCAUGCCCAUCGCAGUGGACGCCUUCCGCUACGGUACCAUUCCUGGUGUCACAGCGUAUUUUCUAACACAUGCUCAUUCUGACCAUUACACUAACCUAUCGUCUAACUGGAAAGCCGGGCCAAUAUAUUGCUCUGAGGGCACGGCGAACCUGAUUGUGCAUAUGCUGGCCGUGGAUCGCAAAUGGGUGCACCCGCUGCCGAUGGACGUUCCCACGGUCAUCCCUAACACUGGCGGUGUCAGUGUUGCCCUUAUUGAAGCUAAUCACUGCCCUGGGUCAUGUCUAUUCCUUUUUGAAGGACGACAGACGGUCAAUGCAGGGGACAGCGUCUAUAAGUCGCCCUUCGUCGGCUCAUCCAGAAUUUUUCGGUAUCUGCAUUGUGGUGAUUUCCGCGCGUCUCCCCAGCAUGUUAUGCACCCAGCAGUAAAGGGUAAGCGAAUCGACCAUGUCUAUCUCGACACGACCUAUCUUGACCCGAAGUACUGUUUUCCGCCACAGCCACAAGUAAUCUCUGCAUGUGCAGAGCUUGCGAAGAGAAUUGUGUACGGCGAAUCGUUGCACGAUGCAGACGAUGUUGCCAAGACCAAGCGGAAUCAGACAAUGGACAGUUGGCUGAUUGCACCAGAGAAGCAGGGUGAGCAGGAGAGCAAGCCGGGCAAAGUGCUCGUCGUUGUUGGGACAUACUCUAUCGGAAAGGAGCGUAUCGUAAAAGCCAUCGCUCGCACUCUGCAGACGAAGGUCUACUGCGAUUCGCGCAAGGCGGCAAUCUUGCGCUGCCAGUCGGAUCCAGAAUUGCACGAACUGCUCACGAAGGAUCCGUUGGAAGGUGGCGUACACCUAGUGCCCUUGGGCGUAAUCGCUUCGGACAGGCUUAAGGAGUACGUUGGGCGGUUUAAAGGACACUAUAGCAGGGCAGUAGGCUUUAGGCCGACCGGAUGGACAUACUCCGCCCCCGCUGGGACAGAUUUGAUGCCGGCUGUAUCGACCAUAAUUUCCCGCUCGCAGAGCCGCGCAUUCACCCAUGCGCAGCUCAAUCCCACGAAGAACUCCUCGGCUGCGUUGCAGGUGUAUGGAGUCCCUUACUCGGAACACAGCUCAUUCUUCGAGCUGACCUGUUUCGCGUUGUCGCUGGAUUGGGCGAAGAUGAUUGCGACGGUCAACGUAGGAAGCGAGAACUCCCGGCGGAAAAUGGACAAGUGGAUUGGGCGAUGGGAGACGGAGCGAAAGAAACGUUCGAAAGGUGAAGUGGUGGGAUGCAGGGCGGAGGACUAUUGGUAG